UGUGAAGAAAAAUAUUUAAAAUGUUGUGGAAAAUGCAUUAGGUGAUAUCGACGAUCUGAGUAUCGCGAUGGAUUUUAAACGGAGGUUGAUGAGUCGAUUGCGAGAUAGAGGUUUUGAUGUUGGUAUAUGCAAAUCAAAAUGGGAGAGAAAUGGCCAUGUUCCAUGUGGAAAUUAUGAGUAUAUCGACGUUAACAUGAUCGAAAAUCGAUACAUAAUCGAAAUAAAUCUUGCUAGAGAAUUUGAAAUUGCAUGGCCAACAACAUGUUACACAUCAUUGUUGGAGAUUUUUCCAUCAAUAUAUGCAGGAAAAGUUGAUGAAUUGAAGCAAGUUUUGAGAAUUAUGAGUAGAGCUAUGAGGAAAUCAAUGAAGAAAAUGGAUAUUCAUGUACCACCAUGGAGACAAAUUGGUUACAUGCAAACUAAAUGGUUUGAUUCUUAUAAAAGAACAAUUAAUAAUAAAGAGUUGUUCGAGGAGGACGAUUUCUUCUAAGUGUUUGGCUAAAAAGAGACUAGUAGGAUUUGUGGCCAUGCCAACAAUUUCUUUGUAUUGUAGAGAAAAUUUUGGUUCUAAAUUAUGAUGGUAUAAAGAUGAUGGGAAACUUGGCUGCAACACUAAAUGGAUGAUGUAAUUGUUUUGAGUAACGGUAAUUUUGAAAUGUACUAGUUGUGUCUAACUUUUUGCGGAAGAGCAGAAGGAACAGUCUUACCGGGCCUUCGAUACCACCCAAGUGAACUAUUCUCUCUACGGAGUUUAAAAGAAAGAUGGUAUGUAAUUAAGCCAUAGUUGGGUAGAUAGUAAAGGUUGAUCACAUUACCCUUUGUGGCAAAGUUUUUUUUGUUGGAAUUUUAACCCAUCAUCUUUUGGAAGGUGUUGAUGAUCUAGUAUAUAUUAUGUAAUAUAGCCCUUUGUGGCAAAGGUUUCUUUGUUGGAAUUUUAACCCAUCAUCUUUUGGAAGGUGUUGAUGAUCUAGUAUAUAUUAUGUAAUAUACAGGUUGGAAAGAUAUUUUAUGAGAAAAAACUUCUUUCUGUUCAUUUUAGAGUAAAACAUCCGGUGUAUCCUGAACUAUAACCAUAUUUGUUAUGACACACUCUAAUUUUACGGGAAUUCUAUUAUUUCCUGAACUCAAUUUAGCAUAUUUUUGUCAUCCUUUUUAACCGAUGUAACACCUUUGACGUGGAUCCCAUUUUCAUAUAAUAAAGAUGUCAUGUCAACACAAAAGAGUGAUAAAAAUACGCUAAAAUCGAGUUUAGGGGUGUAUCGUAGCAACUUUGACAAUAGUUCAAGGGGGUACUGAAUGAUUAUCUCUUCAUUUUAUAUAUUAAAAAGAAAAAGAAGUCAUCGUGGAACUGGGCUUUUAGAUAUGAGGCGGUUUUUAGGCGAAACCAAGUUAGAUAUGAAAAGGUGAAAUGGAGUAAAGGGAAGUGUGUGUGUAUAUUGUCACACUGUCACGUCGUCUUUUGUGACGACUAGCAACAGAGAUCAAUACAAUGUAUGCCGACUGGUUGUUGGGUCCACGAACUGAAACAGCCGCGGUUCAAUUGACCUAACCCAAGACGGGUUUUGAAUCUUCAGUCUUUUAGUCGUGAGCCUGAUGAGUUUUGACUAAUUACUCGAUGAAUAGGCAGGCGGUUGGAAAAUUGUAUAGUUUAAAGUGGUAUGAAAUUAUUAUUUUCUUUAAAUUGUGGAUUUUAUGGUUCUUUCCUUUUGACUAUUGCAACCCUUGCAAUAGUACAGUGGUUUCAACUUUGUAGUCGUGUAUGUACUAAUCAGAAUAGAGAGAAGCAUCUGGUAUCCCUCGAACUAUGGCUAAAGUUGUUACUACACGCUCCAACUUCACAAGAAUUUUAUUACCCCUAAACUCAAUUUUAGUAUAUUUUUAUCACCCUUUUGUGCUGACGUUACCUCUUUAUUACAUAAAAUGUGCCCCCCAAUCAAAGGUGUCACGUUGGCUAAAAAGGUGCGACAUCAGCUAAAAAGAAUAUCAAAAAUACGCUAAAAUUCAAUUCAGGAGGGUAAUAGGAUCCCCAUGAAGUUGAAGUAUAUCGUAA